GAUAAUAAUUGAUUUGUAUAUUUCUCAAAUUUCAUGCACGGAGUUGUAAUGAGAAAAAAAAAAUGGAUGCCCAUCAUACAGGUACGAUCGACCGCAUUAUCGGAAAAUAAAUAAUGCUGCGCACGCUCCUUAAAGGGAAGUUGAUUUUCAUAGUACCCGGCAGCCAACGCAAGUCAUAACAGAACUCUUCGAAAGGGGUUAUUCAGUGUUGCUUUGACAGCAGCUGAGAUUGGAGUUGGAUCUGUUUUUCCCUUAUCAUAUUCAUGCACGUUAUCAAACCGACGAUCUGUUUCGUUACAUCUUAGAUUAGAAUCUACUAGUGAUUAUAUUUAUCUUUUGUUGAGAUUGGACUGUUGCAUAAAAGGUGCACUUUUACGAUACUAGGACGAGGAAGAAUUGUGAAAUUAAUUUAAACCGUAUUUAAUAUGCUGCGUAAAUUUAUCAAAACAAAAGAAAAGAAAUAAGAAAAGGUGCAAAGGGCUGACGAAGAGGAGAAGAGAAACAAAAAUAAGAAUAGUAGCAAGUUUGCCAAUGGCUUUCUGAACUCGCAUUUGUUUACUUCAUUCACGUACGCACUUGUAUUUGCAUUUGCAUUCGUACUUUCGUCUCAAGAUCAAUUUAAAGAAAGUUCGUAAAAUGGCCGAUCACGAAAGAAUCAGAUUAGUAAUAUUAGGCGGUGCUGGUGUUGGGAAAAGCGCAAUUAUACGCCGUUUACUCGGGCAAGGAUUCAGUGAAAGAUACAGACCUACCGUCGAAGACCUUUAUUCGAGAGAAUGUGUUCUCGGUACGCUCACACUUAAAGUUGAUCUUCUGGAUACCGCUGGAGAUUUGCAGUUUCCAGCUAUGAGAAGAUUGAGCAUAGCUACGGCACAUGCGUUUCUUCUUGUUUACGCUACGACAUCAUUACCAAGCUUCGAAUGUGUCAAACGAUGCUUCGAAGAGGUCAGAGAACAACGACCGGAUUUCCAGGAAGUUCCGAUAGUCGUUGCUGGAAAUAAAUUGGAUCUUGCAACGACGCGGAGAGAAGUACCAAUCGAAGAUGUGAGUGAAUGGUUAUUUUGUGAAUUGCCAAAACUUCGUGCCAAAAUAAUGGAAUGUUCGGCUAAGGACGAUUAUAACGUCAAAGAUAUUUUCCGAUGUUUCGUCACUUUAUCGAGGAUCGUUCCAAAGAAUCACGUUGGCGAGUCAGACGAAUCCGGCCUCCGACGAAGAUGUUCGGCAUAUGGAUCGCGCAGAAGCGAUCGAGUUGGUAGGUCUGGCAGCCCACACGGCAGAACCGGAAGUGCCGGCUCUGUUGACAAUUCUCAGCAAGUGGUUGCAGCGCAAAGUUCAAAUAUCGUCAGUGUCAAUGAGGAAACGAAGAGUAAACCGCGCAGUCGUAGCUUAAUUCGACGCACUUCGCGAAAAACCAAACAACAAAUUAGGGACACUUAUACGGACGACUGUAAUAUCUCAUAAUUUACAGACUCCCUCCACUUCUCUCUCUCUCUCUCUCUCUCUCUAUCUAUCUAUCUAUCUAUCUAUCUAUCUGUCUGUCUGUCUAUCUUUUUAUCUACUUGUCUAUUUCUGUCUUUCUUCCCCAUCCUUUUUCUUUCACUCAUUUUUUACGUGUAACUAUAUUCAAUUCUAUAUCCAAUGAAACGACUAAUGAAACGAUAUCACAGUGCUGCGAGUCGUGUGUAACGCAAAGAUGGAAAGAAGUCUUGUGAGAGGAGUGCGAGUCUGAUUGGUUGUUUCGAAUAGAUUUAGUAUAAUUAAGUAUAAGAACACAUAUUGGUCGAAAGUAUCACAUAAAUAAUAUUUAUGCAGCACAGUAGUAGUAAGUGACAAAAAGAUGGAACUAAUUGUAAAUAGUUUCUUUGCUUGUUUACCGACCCGCUUCUUUCCACCUUUGCGCAUAUGUUCGAUCAUUUUUGUUCCCAGAUUGAAAAUAACACGAAUCUAAUAAAAUACAUAAAAGCAUUAUAAUCUUAUAAUACAUGCGACAACAACACUUCAUAACCCAGCAACAAAAAGUAUACUAAUAUCGAUAAAAGAUUUGACCGAAAUUAGAUAUAUAUGUUAAUGAUAAAUAAAGGACCAAAUCUAGUUUUAGUAACGUAUUUCAAAAAUAUUUAAUGUUCUUUUUUCAAGCUUUCUUAAAAAGUGUGAAAUGGACCAAUCAAAACCAUUUUUCCUCUACUCCACCUUUCCUCUGCUGGAGAAUUUUACUUUCUAUUUAUUUAUAUUUUGUAUCUACUUUGACCCAAUCCGUCCGUUUUUACAUUAAUAUUUGAUCUUAAAAUAUCUAACAAUUGUUCAUCUGAAAUUAUAAAUAAUGAAUACUAUAUCAUUCUGUGUUUAUAUGCGUGUUCAUACGUAUAUAUGUACGCGAUAUUAUGUAUGACUACUAUUGAAUAGUAUACAUACGUAUAUAUGUAUGUUAGCUUGUUAAUCCUUUAAGAACGAUGUUGAUGAUUUAGACUUUCUGAUCUCUUUCAAGGUUUAAAUUAUAUCAGUAAUAAUAACUGAUAACUGAUAAUUAAUAGGAGUGGGUUCAAAACUAAUUUCUUAACUCUCAAAACUCGAAUCCGAAACUUUGCAAGAUAUCAGAAUGCAAAACUUUUGAAACUCGAAGUGUUGAUUUUAUUUUGCAAGAAGAACUGCUUCUUUUAAAAGCUAGAGUUAAAAUUUUUAUAUAAAUUUUUCAAAUCAGCCAUAAUUAAGCAAAAUACAAAAUCUGAUCCAGAUAUUGUUUGUUUAAGAACUCUAAUGUUCACAAUCUUUCUAAUUUACUUGUUUUUCGUCGGCUAUAUAUACUGAAUAUCCUGAAAAGUUUUUCAGAGCUAUACUCAUAUAAUAAACAAUGGUAUAUUUUGAUGCAAUUGGUGUAAUUCCUUUUUUUUUUUUUACAAUUUCUUUAGAUUUGAAUAUUUUAUUCCGUAUUAUCACAUUGCAGAAUUACAAUCGAUUUGCAUAUGUAUCUUUAACCCAUUGACGCAUAUUUUAUUUUCACAGAGUAUUUUUGGACGGUCAUCAUCUUACGAAAAUACAUUUCUAAAUUAAUACGAAAAUUCAAAAUUUUAUUCAACAUUAAAUGAAACCAUUUUGUCGAAAAUAUAUGUACAUACAUGUAAUGAGUUUGUUACAUAUUUUAGCAAAAACAUGCACAAUGACGAUAGCCGGCAUUUGUGUCAAUAUGUGAAAAACAAAAAUCUCGCAUCAAACAUUCCGAAAUACACAUGAAUCAGACGUUUUUUAUUUACAUUGCAAAUAAUCUUUUAUUCAUUGAUUUUAUACUUUUUUCUGAAUCAUGAAAAAGGUAUAAAGUCAAAUUAACGAAAAUCGAAAUUUUCUUGGGUUUUGAGAGGUUUCGAGAUUUUGACAUUUUGAGUAACCCAUCCCUAAUAAUUAAGCUUUAGUAAUGAUUUUUAUAGCUUGAAAUAGAAGCAAUAAAUGGUUAUAUUAAUUUAUCAAAUUCAAUAUUAUUGAAAUAUUUGGAGUUCUUGCUGCACAGGAGUAAAUACUGUGCACAGAUGAAAUUAACCCUGAAAGAUUAAACUUAAAAAUGCGUAUACACGAUAGAAACAAUCCGAUGUCAGUAUAUAAAAAAAAACAUGAAAUUGUAACAUAUGAGAUAUAAAAUAAAACUUUCAAUAUUCACAUCAAAUCGAUUUGUAUAAGUGGUACUGCUUUGAUUAAGCAUGAGAAAAUUGUACGUAGAAAAUACUUGAGCAAUGUCGACAAAUGUUGAAGAAGAAAAUAUGAUAAGUAUUUACAAAAAGAAACCACCCUCCAAUUUCGAUCAGUUUUUUUUAACAUAUUAUCAAAAACAUCAUUUUGAAUAGUGUUGUGAAAGUUUUAGUUGGCGAACAUUAUUUAUCAAAAAUAAAUUUACUCGAUUAGUUUGCAUUUUUAUAUUACAUAUAUUUGUAAAGAAGUAUUUAUAUAUAAUACAAAGUGAAAACAUAGACUGGGUAAAGAUUCAGCUAGAAGAAUCUAAUUGAAUUCAUUUUUGAAUGAAUUCUAAUCAAAUUAAAAUUGAGUUUGAGAUAGAUAAAUUUUUUCGGGCUCUCACUGCCCCCUUCCUCUUUCGCACUUCCAUUUCAUAAUACAAUACUUAAAAAAUUUCUAUAAUGUACAUGUAUCCGGUAUCAAGAUAAUUUUCUUAAAACACUGUACAGUUUUGGUUCGUUUAUUCAUUUACAUCUUCAGUUAUGUAUUUGACAAUCGUUAUUUUAAAAUGAUUAUAACACAUUUAAAUGUGCUAAAGCGUGAGAGAACAAGCCUAAUUAUUGGCUGAUGUUUAUUAGACAUUAGUCAUUUAUUUAUAUCAUGCAUGAAUUUGUUAGGCUGAAUGUAGCUACGUAUUAUUCGUAUUACAUAUCGUAUUACAAUCAUAUAUUCUCAAUAAUUUUAACAUAUUUAUUUUACAUGUUCCAAUACCAUCUAAUAACUCGGCAUGAAUUUUCCAGACAACCCAGUAUAUAUUCAUUCAUCAAAUAUCUUUUUAAUAUAAUCUUUUAAAUAUAAAUUCUAGCAAAUUGUGAUUAAAAUGAUACUUUCUAUAACUAUAUGUAAGAAUAUUUGCACAAAUAUCUCUUCAUAAUUGUUCAACGUUUUGAAUGCCGAUGAUCGUGACUGGAUCAAAUUUUCUGAACAAUGUUUUAUAUUUUUGAGUAAACUUUUUAAUAAACAACUUUAUACAUCCUCUAAGUUUGUACAUCAUUCAAAUUAUCGAAAUCGAAGAGUAAUUCUUUUUUGUAAAUACUUGCCAAAAAUAUUUUUUCUAUUAAAUGUUAAAUUUUAAACUGAAACAUAUAUACAUCUAACUAUGCAUAUUGUAAUCCAUGAGUCAUAUACUGUACAUAUGUUUUUCAAACAAAAAUAUUGUAACGAUACGGAUUAAAAAAUAAAUAAUUUUACGCUAGACUGCGAAUUUUUAUGCAGUUUAUAUUUUAAGGAGUAUAAUUUAAAUACUUGAACUUUGGUUCAAAAUUAUUUUGUAAAAAUUAUACUAUAAAAUGCUAUAGAAAAUACUACAUUUUGAAUAUUUCUUUUUUGUACAUUUUAUUUAUUGUAAGCAUUUUUAUACUUUCAAAUUUCCCAUAAAUGCAUAAAAUUCCGCAGUCUAUUUACUAUUGUAAACGCACACUAUUGUAAACGCAUUUGCAAAAAAUAUGAAAUAUAAAUACUAAAUAUACAAUUUUUAAACAGACUGUAUUAAUUGCACAAAAUGUUAUAAGUAUCAUAUAUAUAAAUGUAAUUACAUGUGAGUGGGUGUAUAUAUGUAUUUAUAAUACAAACUAUUUUACAAACAAAAAUAUACAAAAUGAAUAAAUAUGGAAACAGUUAAACAAUAUUCUAAUUGUAAGAUAUUGUAAUUUUUAAAUACAUAUAUUCGAUGUUAUUUCAUGUUACAAUAAAUUUAAAUUAAAAAAGAGAAAGGAAGAAGAAUUUACGAUGAAAUUGUAGUAACAUUGGAAUUUGUGUCUGAAUUACAAGUAUUAUCAGUUCCUUCGAAUAAAUACUUGUAAUGUUGAAUGUAAGGCUGAUAGCGUUCCCCUUUUGUAAAGCUUGUAGCAUUAUAUAAAUACAAAUUACGCUGUUUAAAAAAUUUGAAAACCGAAUAAAAAAGCGUUGCAUCCUCA